CAUUGAGGUGCUGCUCCACGGUGGACGUGUAACAGGUGGCCAGUGAGUAUCGGUAAACGCGUGAACGAAUGAAUGUUCGGUGCUGUUCUUAAAUUCAAGAAAGCUAGGAUAUAUAAGCCAUAUUCCGCUGUAAGAAAACAAACGAACAAUAACAACAACACGUGAUUGCCGUCUGGUACUCCGUGCGUGAGCAACAACUACAACAGACACAACAAUAAGAAAAGAACAAUAUCUCAGACAGUCAAUCCCGGAUCACCAGAAUUUCCUCGUUUCUCGAUAACUGCUGAUCUCAUAUGCUCAAUAUGUCGACGGGUCGCCGAGGUACGAUGUGCUCGUCAACGAACAUGUACGACCAUUUUACGUCGAUGGUGCGGACGUCCCCGAAGAUAACGGCGCUUCUAUUCGAUGACCUACAACUCACAUUUGAAGAUCUUGGUAGAGUAACCCAUAAUCUGGCAGACAAGCUUAGCGGGUUCCGUCACAUCGUCAUUUGUCUCCCGCCAUCAGAUGCAGCCAUAUGUACAAUGCUAGCAGCAUGGAAGCUCGGUUGUACGCCAAAACUUGAACGGUACAUGCCGAAAAAAAAGGCGCUCCUCUCAUCGUUGGAAUCAGAUGCGGUACUUGUCACAGACGCUUGUGACAUAGCCGCCUCCAAUGUUCUCGUCAUCGCUGAUAUUAUGCACUUUAACUCUGGUGGUAACAAUCAUCAAGACAACCCCAACGGAAUACCGAUAUCGUUACUGACAGGUGUCGCUCUAGACGACUUCUGCAUUACGCCGGAAGGACAGACAGUACCAAUGUCACAUUUACACAACCGUCUUGAAUGGGAAUGGAAACAGUACGCGUUUUCAGCUCAGGACAAUGCCCUAACGCUUAAACCUUCGCACGAUCUUGAUUUUUGGGUUCAUGUACUGUCGGCAACGCUCAAGGGUGCGCCAUUGGUUUUGCCGCCGUCAUCGAUCCGAGGAAAUUACUUGGAGAUAGCGGAUUUCUGUAGCGAAAAGAAGGUGAGUCAUCUGUUCGUUUCACCAGACGAGUUGUCGGACCUCGCAACGUAUUUCCGCGUGACGACUCCCCUAGCCAAACAUAUAUUUCUCAAGAGCAUUAAGCGUAUCACUUGUUCGGGAGACACCCUGCCGCUAAGGAGUACUUACCAGGACGUCAUGUCGUCGUUUUCUGGAGUUGAUACAGAGGUGAUUUUCAUGUUGACGAGUCAGGAGACGACAGAAAUAGCUUGUGUCGGCUUGCCCGAAUCACAGAAGUGUAUUCCUAUAGAAACCUGUCGGGCACAAGUAGAACAUGGCGAACUUCAGCUGUUCAGCGAUACGCACCAAAUGCGUACCGGUCUUGGAGGAAAUGGCAGUGGUGAUUGCGUGUUCUAUUCCGACGUCGUCGCCAACUGGAUGCCGUUAAACCAUAUCCAAAACGUUAUCUCUCAGACACUAGGCCAUAAAGAAGUGGCGAUAUUCCGUGAUACUUUUCGUGGAGGCCUGAUUUGUUUCUAUCGACAGCAAGACGCAUAUUGGCCUGUCCUAUUCAACAAACUAUAUCGCCUUCUUAAACCGGAGGAAAAUCCUAAACUAUUUCCGAUUACAGGAGAAAGGCCUUGGGCUCCCCAGCAAUACAUCGAAGAUUAUCGCGAGUGUGUGACAAAGCUUUCGGAGAUGCCAGUCACAGCUUGUGUCUUCGAGGGCUCGAAGAUGCUAUUUGCAAUGGCCGAUCGUCUCAGCGAUGUCUCCAUAGACGACUUUGAGGUUGACAAAUCACUAAGCGAGUAUGGGGCCACAGUUGACCAGCUGAGCCUAAUUGCUGAAGACUUCGAAGAGAUGGGCUUCAUUAGCACAUUUGUGCAAGACAGAACGCUAUGUAUUUGCGAUAUAAUACGGCAAACCCUUCCGAUCCGGUCGGUAGGCCCUGAAGAUCGUCAGUUUCUCGUGCGCAUCCUCGAUGAAAACGUCGAAAUGGAGGAAUGUAUCGACAUCAUUGCAGAUGCCUUCUCGAAAAAAAACUGGCUUGACAAAUGCAUUAUUGCAGACGUUGGAGGCUCUACUCGCGAACAACACGUGAUUCUGAAUCGACAACUAUGGGCGGAUAUUGUACAGCAAUGUCUCGGUAAAGUCGUACUCGACUAUCAAACACAAAAGGUGCUUGCAGUCAUGACAGCAUUUGAUUUCUCUGUGGAAGCUGAGAUUGAAAAUCUGUCAGAGGAGUUUGAGGCUGUACUGGAGCUCCAUGAUCAGGUCGAUCGAAAACUCCGAGAGGCUUUUAAGGACUCCAAAGUUGCAUAUAUAUUUCAGAUCGCGAGUGACGCCGACUUGAGUCAUGAAGAGAACGUCGUCAUUAUGAAGCUCCUUACGGACGAAAUCAUUGAACAAGCUGCGUCCGAAAAUUCCGGCUACCAUGCAUGCCUUACCCACGCGUCACAUGUAUUCACCCAGGUCAUCAUGGAAAACUACCAGGAGUUCAAUCGAAUAGCCGAUAUUGACGUAAACCGUUUCGAAAUGCGUGGCAAGAAAUACUUCUCAAAAUCACGCGAGGAUUUUCACAUCAUUUCUCUGCUUAAGACGUUUCGAUGAAAUGGAAGCUAGACGCUGAGCUGGGCCCAGUAUCAAUGAGAAAAGUAGAAUAAGCCCGGUUGAAGUUCUCUUGUUUACAUUCAGUCUAUAAUAUCAGAUUUGGUCUCGCCAUUCGGUGGCUUGCAGUCUCAAUUAUCCAUCGCAAAACAAAUCAUCUAUAAUUUUUUUACUGGAUUCGAACUCCAGCAUAAACAGACACUUCCUUUCGUGCUAGCCGUCUGACGGAGUAUCCAGUGGCUUAAAUAGCGAACGUCAAACUCGAAACAUUUAGUCUAUAAUUUUCUACUAUAACGUAUUGCCUGUGAUGCUCGUCUCCGGUCAACCCUAGAAACAAUGGAAGUGUUUAGGUCUUACAAUAAUUGGUACACACAAAUUAUGUCCCUUCGUUCAAAUAAUUUUUUCCUAGAGGAGAACACAUCAUAGCCAUUAGGAGCUAUGUAAUAAUACUUUUUUUUAUUAUUAAAUUUAUAAAUUGUAAAGUCUGUAAUAAAUUAGCAAAACCAUCUCCACAAUGAUUCUCAUCAGCAAAACGAGGUAGUCCAACAAUGGCAAAUAAACAUUCAUUACCAUAUUUCCCUUGGUUUCACCAAGAUUUAUAUUGGGCGUACUUAAAAUGUACCCUUUCUUUUUUUUUUUUUUUUUUUAUUUACAGAGUAUUGACGAUCGAUAUACAGAUGACAACACCUUGCAGAUAAAUUUUGAACCACAAACAAAAACGAUGACCUUCCUUUUGCUACAAUUUAGAACAUCCUCGCUGGAAGAAAUACAAACUGCUUUAAAGCAGAUCUACCCAAAAAAAAAGUAGGUUAGCCCUAAGUUCAUUUAUGGCUUAGCUAUUUUAGUGUAUCAAAGGGCACCCUUGAUGGAAGGAGACAACGGUGUGCCUAUAAACGUUGUGUUUCGCACAUUAAUACACCUCCUCCAUACUCGCUUCGUCAUCAUAGGAACUUGCCAAGCUAUUGGGUGUGCCCUUAAAGCUCUAGUGGAACUAAUAAAGUAACUAUUCUCCAACCCAGCCAACUAAAGCCACUAAUGAUACAGCUGCGUAUCGGAUGUUCCGUUAAAAACGAUUCGUUCAGGGAGAGAGGGAAAGGGAGAGUGACACUGACUAUUAUGACACUGUGAUUUGUAAGCGAGAAUUUUAAGAGAGGUGACGUGGAUCAUCGGCCCUGUUAUCAUUAUAAACCGGUAGGUAUAUACAGGGUACGGCAUUUAAAUUAGGACUUCUUCUGUUUCUAGAGCUAUGUAAAUAAAAACAUUUUUUGCAUGUGUUACAAGUGGUGUUUCUGACGGUUAUGUUUAUUUAAUACAGUCAUCAUUUACCGCGAUUGAACAGUAAAGUAAAGAGGUGUAAACAGAAUUUUAACGAAUUCAGCUCAAAUAUGCUACGCAGAAUAUUCAAAAACAUGAAAAGUGAAUUUUAGGUUACUAGCACGAAAACGGAAAGAAGGUGAAAAAAGAUAACAGAUCUUCUAGGCACAACCUCCGUAAACCCUGCGGAUUUUUCAAACAGUUUUGUAUAUCUGAGAUAAUAUAUAUUUUGUCCACCGAGUAGAUAAACAGCGACAGCUAUAUCAAUGAUAACAGCAUUAUAGUUUAUACUGUGUAAAUUCACUCUUAAAAGCAUAACUAGAGAGACUUGGGACUAUUUGAGCAUAUUCGGAGGGUUCAUUCGAUCCGUUUUGCCUUAUAAAACGGCCGUUAAUUACUGUAUCAAAAACGUAGGUGCAUUAAAAAUGAGUUUUUGAGCAAUCUUGAUGAAUUUUCAAGCCGUCUAGACCCUACUCUGAGGAUCUUAUGGUUUCCUCGGAUCCUUUAAAAGUCGUAUGAAUGCUGACCGUAAUAUCGUCGAUUUCGGGUGAAAAGUCUCCAAUCACGGAGGGGGGUCCAUACUUGAUCUUCGCAUAAUUUCAGAAAACACGACGCACUGUUAUUUGUUAACUGAUAUUUCUUGUAGUUCGAAUGGCGGAUGAAUACAUGCCCGCUACGCUACGCUGAACAGCCCGCCAAAGUUUGUCCCAAUUUUGGUGCCGUGGUCUCUUUAUAUACAACAAAGUCUACGAGAACUUAAAAUGGAGGUUUUCUGAUUAAAGUUAUUUCUUCUACGAUACUACAUUUCGCUUAUUUGUGACGGAUUUCGAAAAUUUUGCUUAUUUACAAAGACACCAUAAAGGGUUUCGUUAAAGGACUUGAAACCUACAUAAAAUUCUGCCGCCAUUUAGGAUUAUAGCACGGAGCAAUUAUGUUCUAGCAUUUCUGCUCCAUUUUUAUUCUUGAUAGUAUUACUUAGACGGACAGCUAUUAGAAAAUUAAAUGUGUCCUCCCAUUUUUGUUCUUGGUAGUAUUACUUAAAGGGACGUUUAUUGGAAAUUUAAUUGAAUGUGUCCUCCGAAAGCGGUUAUGUUCUUCUCACAGUUGUAUAACCCUAUAUAUACAGUCCUUAGAACCUUGUAUUGCGCCAUGGCUAACUGUAGUGACUUGAAUAAUAGCCAGUUUGGACGGUAUCACCAAAUGAAAAUUCAAGAACUCCGUUAGCAUUUUAAUCUUUCAACCCGGAGGGGUCCUGCGGUGGGCGCGCGGAUGGGGACCACUGAUGUUGACACGCUUAUGUUAUUACAAAAAAUAAGUUACAAACCCCACCAUGGGGAAAGGCAGUCGACGCCCCCCACAAGACAUAGGGAACGAAAAAUUUGUACAAAACAAUAGAUCACCUCGACAUAGUACGCAACCGAUUUGUCAUACACACGAUACCCACACCAGUGUAGACUACUUACACGCAAUUAUAUAUACAUAUGUCUCUUGUCAUUGUUUGGUGUGGUUCGAGUUAACGAAAAACCUCUUACAUUCAAAGAUGGGUCUAUUAGGCAGCGAACCAAUAUUUCUCCUUUCAACUGUCAACAAAGUUGACCAUUUAGCUGAAGGUAUUGCUGAGAAUUCGAAGUUAUGCAAGUGGUUUGCUAAACUCAAAGGUCGCAUCUAAUUAACAUUUCGAAAUUGUCAAUAUUCAUUUUAAUCGGCCUUUAAGAGAGGAUAUAGGUUAUACAAGCUAAUACGUCGUAGCCGUGAAGCUUUCACUGUACACAAAGCAAGUAUUCUACUUUCUUUGUGUAACUUUUUUUUGGACAGAAGCAAUGCUUCACCGCCACAUGACAAAGAUCAUGUAAUUGCGAUCUGGAUCUUGAAAGCUCGUCAAUUAAUCGAUAUCCACGUAAAUGAUGCUACGACGCGUACGACUACGGCGGAUCCUCAGGAUACAAAGCAUAUCAAAUAUCGCUCGCUGUAUCAGUUAUGGCACACCAUUUAUUAGCAACCCGUUUUUUGAUCACUGAUGUACACAUUUAUUAACACAGAUUAUGUAUGUAAAGCUGAAAAACUAACCCAACCAUAGGAGGCCUAGCCGGCGAUCAAAUUAUUAUUAUUAGUACUAUGUGCUUAUUUUAUUAUUAUGUGUUUAAUACAUAUAUGUAUGUAUGUAUGUAGCAGCAUGAUACGUGAAAUAAACUAUUUGCAUGACUACGUCGAAAAAGCCCCCAUACGUGUCUUAGUUAUACCACGAAAGGCAUGUUGCUUAGAAUAGACUUAACCUAUGAAAUCACCCUUUCAAUCUCCAUAAUUUGCAUAUAGUGAUAGUGUCUAGAUCGUAAAACGAACUAACUUACCAUUGCCGUUAAUUAGCGCAUCGCAGAUACACGCGUUACGUCUAUAUAGCCAUAGGCGCAUACCUAUUCAUAUAUAUAUAUAUAUAUAUAUAUAUAGUAUUAUAAUUGCUUCCGGUUUCGCUUAUCCUGCAAGAUGUCCGCGUCUCACGGCUGGCACUCUUUCGUGCCCAGUGGUUUAACUUCAUGUCGCGGUCAUGGAAACGGCGCUGUCCAAAACUUCUCACGAUUCCCUCGUGCAUGUGAGUCUUCGUUGCCGUCACUUUAGCAACUUCGAUGGCACAACACGACGUCCAAAGCCAUUGGAGAUGAAGGACUCAGCACAAGAACCUGUCGUCGUAAUUGCACAAUACAUUCGAUUCUCACUGUUUUUUGGCCGCGAAUUGUAGAUCCGUUGUCAAAAAAUCGGCCAACUGACACAAUCGCACUCGCAUUACGUAGAGCGUACGCGCUCCAGUCUAACAGCAUAAUUACCUGACACAAGUACCCUUGUUUAUGUCUGGGUGGUUCAACAUGCCAACGUUUUCCCUGAUGAUUCUUUCGACUUUCUCGGGCAUAGUCUACUUUCAUUGAAGGCGAACCCACUGACUGUCGUUUUUCCUCAGACAGUGAAUUUGGAUAAUGCCGCCCAACAGCGCACGCCUGUCGUCACCACCACUAAAAACAAACACCCUAGCCUAGCUUCGUCAUUGGCUGGCGUUAACCAGCACUUCACAACCCUUCGCUUUUCGCUAUAUUUGGUCCAUUUCAAUAAGUGUUUUUAGUAUAUCAGGUGCACGAAGUAGUGAGGAAGCACUCAUUCAAAAUAGCCCUUAGAUACGCUUUUAACAACACCAAAACAAAUCAUUUAUCUUUCCUCAUCAUUUUUAUUUAUAUACAGAAGUCAACGCUGAUAAAAUUACUCUCCUCGUUCAGCAACAGCCGACGGGAUGCAAAAAUAAUAAAUCUCUCUUUAUUUCUUUUAUUAGUCAUUCAUUCAGGAGUUUCCUAAAGAAUAAAGAAGUUUAAUAAUAAUAAUAAUAUAUAGUAAUGUUACGGUACUAAUCUUAAUCAUUUUUAUCGCUUCGAGAAUUGCCAUAUGAUCUUCUUUAUCAUUUUUAUUUUAUUGUACAUCCACGAUACGACAAAGAGAACGUUCUUCGUCGUCGCUUAACAACAUGCGUCGGGCACAAAUAACCAGCGACGCCGACUUUAUCAACCAUUAAUCAUUACACUUACUUAGAUAAUUUAUUCUUACAAUUAAAUAAUAAUAAGCCAGCAUGUCAUAUUUAUAUACUUCUACUUUCAAACUCUGUUAUCCUACACCAACGUCGAUACCUUCGGUACCGCUUCCAUUCUUUAAUUUCGUAUUUGCAUUCAUACUCACUUGGGUCGCGGUUUAAUGCCCACGUUGCUUUCGACUGUUCUAUUCAGCAAGUAUCAAACACUUAAGAUGAGACUGAUACGGUCUAAGCCUCCGAUAAUUGUGAACUGCUCGUAAGUGUAAAACAACAUUUAAGUCCCCUAUCAUGAUUCGCUUGAUUUCUGAUCUCUUCUGAUAAAGUUUUCUACGAGCUAUUAACUAAUAGCUUAGACUACUAAUCCGAUGAAUAUUAUCAGUUAAUUCAGUAGCACUACGUUAGCUUCACCCAAGUGACUUUUUAACGGUCCUAUCCACUCUGAACCCUACUCUCCCAUACUGACAAGCAGGCCCUCAUAAAUCUAUAUAGAUCUCAAAAUCGUUUGACUUAUUUUAACAUCGUCGUUGUAAUCGUCAUCAUAAUAGAUAAUUUUUUCUCUC